AUGAUCAUAUUCGCACUAAUAGUGGUGGCUCACUUGAGCUAUAUGUUUCUCAUUAACUAUAGCGGACAAGAAAUAACAGAACACGGGAUAAAGCUGUUCAAAACAUCCUACACUAUACCGUGGUACACGGCACCGUUGCGAACACAGAAACUGCUUUUGUUCGUAAUGCAAAGAGGAACGAGAAAUGUCAUAUUAACAUGGGGCGAUAUAUUUGUUGCGUCUCUAGAAUUUUUCGCAUCGCUGACGGGCACAGCCUUAUCUUAUUUUACUGUAAUAUAUUCUUUACGGUAA